AUGCGACUAUUUCUGAUAUUACUUUUAUCGGCUACUAUAGCUUCGGCCGCACUCUUCAAUUUGAAGGAUUUCGGCAAAGAGUUGGGAGAUUUGCUCGAUCUGGACAAGUUCGAAGGCCUCUUCAAGGGAAACAAGAUCCAGGACUUCAUCGGCAAGUUGAAGAAUGUCACCGAAAACACCAAGGGAGCCUUGAAACUGGCUUCAAGCCUGCAUGGGAAGAUUGAUUCCUCGGCCAAAAAGGAUUUCAACAACUUCUUCCAAUACAUCAUUAAGUAAGUACUGCGUUUUCGCAGUGGUUAUCAAAUUAAACGUACCGUCUAAAAUUUUAUUUUCAGAUUCAGCAAGAAGUACAAGGACAAUUCAACUAUCACCGAGCGCUUCCAAAAGUUCCGAAACUCUCUCAAGAGGGUUGACGCCCUCCAAAAGACGAGCAAGUUGGCCAAGUUUGGAGUCACCAAAUUCUCUGACCUAAGUCCUGAAGAAUUCAAGGAGAAGUACACGGGUAUCAGGGAUGUCGAAGACGUUGAACAAUUGCAUUCUACGGCCAGUCCAGCCACUCCAAUUCGUGCCAAAAGAGACACGCCCGCUUCAUUUGAUUGGAGAGAAAAAAACGGAGUGACUUCGGUCAAGAGUCAGAAGGACUGUGGAUGUUGUUACGCCUUCUCCGCCAUCGGAGCCAUCGAAAGUCAGUUUAAGAUCAAGACUGGCAAAGAGGUCGACCUCAGCGAACAACAGGCUGUGUCUUGCACCUAUAAGCAGAAGCGAUACGACAACAACCAGGGAUGCGAUGGCGGGUCUGCUCGGGGAGUUCUGGCCUAUGCUAUCAACCACGGAUUGACCACUGAAAGCGAGUGGAAAUACACUUCCGGCGAUGACAAAAAAAUCCCUCCAUGUGUAGCAAAACCGACCUCCGUUAAGAUGUCAAAGCAGGAACGAGUUCCUCGCGGAGACGAAGGCAAGAUGGCCGAAUACGUUUCCAGCGUUGGUCCUAUUGUGACUUGUAAGUACUGUUGGAGCAAUUACAAUUAGCACAGCUCGGUAAAUCUCUAUCAAUUAUUUUUCAGACAUAGACUCUACCCAGAUCAUGGAUUACGUAUCCGGUAUUGUGGACGCGCCCAAGCCCGCUAAAGGGUGGGCCGUCGACCACGGCGUUCUGACUGUCGGUUACGGCGAGGAGAACGGGACUCCCUACUGGAUCAUCAAGAACUCUUGGGGAGAGGAUUGGGGAGAACAGGGAUACGUCCGAGUGGUCAGAGGCAAGAACAGUCUUCAAUUGGCCGACUUCAACUUCGCCGUCUAUGCUUGA